AUGGUGCUUCGAAACCGCGUAAACGGAAAGUCGAGCUGUCCGAAGCAGGUGAAGAACGAUGACGUGGCGGUGUGUGAGUGCGAGCCACCUGCGUCCUCUUCAGGAGCAGCGGGGUGCCACGUGGACUCGUGUCUCAAUGCGCUGCUCUGCACCGAGUGCACCCCAGGCUUCUGCCCCUGCGGGGACGCCUGCCGGAACCAGCGUUUCCAGCGCUGUGAGCAUGCACGCACGGUGGUCAAGAAAGUCAAGGGGCGCGGCUGGGGCCUUGUGGCUGCAGAACCCAUCAAGGCAGGGCAGUUUGUGAUUGAAUACUGUGGGGAGGUGGUACCCAACAAGGAGGCACAGAGGCGCCAUGCUGCGUACCUUGCUGCAGGCGAGAAGAACGUGUAUUUGCUCAAGUUAAACGCCAGGGAGGUCAUCGACCCCACUAAGAUGGGCGCCGCUGCCAGAUUCGUCAAUCACUCCUGGUACGUCCUUUCCUUUUGCUUUGCUUUUGAGGCUCCGCAAAGCGACCCCAACUGUGAGACGCGCAAGUGGACAGUGUUGGGGGAGAUCCGAGUGGGCAUAUUUGCGCGCAAGGACAUAGAGCCUGGCUGUGAGCUGACAUACGACUAUGACUACGAGUGGUACGGGGGCGACAAGGUCAAGUGCCGCUGUGGUGCCGCUGCCUGCGUCGGCUUUCUUGGAGCCAAGUCCCGCGCCUUUCAGGAAGAUACGUACCUCUGGGUGGACGAUGAUGGCCGCUCAGAGGAUAGUGAGUACAAUGAUGAUGAGGAGGAGGAAGAGGGGGAAGAAGAAGAAGGGGAGGAGGAGGAAGGUGAGGAGGAAGUGCGGGUGGGUGGUAGGGAGACAAGAGAAGGGGCAGAAGAGGCUGGGAAAGAGGGGAAGGCGGAGGGGAAAGGGGAGAGGCAAGCGGAGUUGGUGGAAAGGAAGGGGGUAGGUCGGAGAGUGGGGAAGGGUGGGAGUAAGGAUGUGAGUGGGGCUGGGGAAGGGGACGUGAAAGUGGGAGGGGAGCAGGAGGAGCAGGAAGCGGAAGAAGAGGAGAAGGAGGUAUGGGUUUCGCGAGGAGAAGGAGAGGGGUAUGGAGCAGAGGAGUGGCAGGAGUGGAUGGAGAACGAUUCUGAGGGGUGGGAGGAGGAGGGACAGGAGGAGGAGGGGGGUUCGGUUGCUGACUUGACACAAGAUGGGGAUGAGGAGGAGGUAGGAGAAGGUGCAGGGAUGUCUGAUGGAGGGGGGUAUGAGGGGCAGGAGGGGGAAGGAGCAGAGAGGAUGCAGGAGGGAGAGGAGGGAGGGGAGGGAGGGGAGGGAGGUGGCAUUAAGGCGAGAGGGCUGAAGAGAAAAGCGAGAAAACCACGGGUGAAAAGACCUGGUAUUCCCAAAGCGUGCUCCUUCUCAGGGAAGCGACCAAUCAUGCCGCUCGGUCCCGGGCAGGCCAGAUGA